AUACAUAGUUUUAAUAGAAAUAUUUUUAAGAUUUGUCGAAUAUUAAUGUUUUUAUAAAGCGUUUUGAUCGGACUAAGCUUGAUUGAUUUGUCCCGUAUUUGUCUGGUUUCAUUACAGCAGCCGUUGCAGUCUUUGAGAAUUAUUUUUACGAUUGAAUUCUUCAAGUAUGGCCGUCACUAUAAUGCCGUACGUUCUGCCCCUUCUGUUGGGCAGGACAUUCAAUCUGGACACUAUGCAAAUUGGCGUCGAUAUAUUUCCGAAAAGCGUCACUACCAAUCCAGUAAUCAUUCAAAGUCCAGUGACAGAGACAUCUUACAAGAUAGUGGACAACGCUGUGGAAUCGAGAGAUCUUCUUGAUGUGGAUGGUUCGUUCUCUUUAAAUGUCAAAGGAGGGAUAUUUAAAGCCGGCGCCUCGGGAGCUUACUUGGCAGACAAGUACAAUCGUGAGAAUACUGUGGAAGUAGCUGUGAAAGCUACUUACCUGACGGUGACAGAGCAGUUACCUGCUGAUGCAAAGCCUCACGACUUCUGGAAAUCCUUGGGAGACGCUGUGGGCACGCAUUUUGUCCGGAGCAUCACGUACGGUGGAGAAUUAAUCGUGGCCUUACGUCUGGAAUGCAACAGCACUCGAGACAAGCAAAGGAUCAAGGCUGCUGUCGAUGUCGGGGGAAGACUUGAAAUCUUCGAUCUUGGCGUUGAAGUCAGUGGCGAAUAUAUGAAAGAUGUUGCCAAGACAGUGGAGAGUACUCAAAUCAAAGUUUUUAGUUCUGUACCACUAGGCAAAGCUCCGAAUGACAUGGAAACUUUGAAAGAAACCAUAAAGAAUUUCCCUGAUGAUUUAAAAACUUUCAACGGGGGAAGGGGCAUUCCAAUCAAGAUGGAACUGUGGCCACUAAGUUAUCUUGAUCCAUCUAGAAAAGAUAAGCUAAGAAACAGGUUUCUUGAAGCUAAUUUGGAUUCAUUUGAACAGAAGUUCGACGAUCUUUUAAACACUAAGAGUGCCAUAGCUGAUUGGAUGAAAGUAACCAGACCCCUCACUCCAGAGCAAGAAAAGCAGGUUGGCGAUCUCUAUGCAGAAGUUCAAAAGGUAAUUCGGCCUUUCUACGAUGUUAUAGGAAAGUUAGAUAUGACAGGAAGCAGUGAUCAACUGAAACCAGCAAACGACGCCUAUGGUUUAUCGAUUCCUGGAGUUUACUAUAAAAAAUAUCUUAAGCUCAGACAAACAAUAGCAAAAGACCAAGGAGCCUGGGCGAUGAGUCGAGGAAAUGGCGCCACUUACAUCCAUUGGGGUAAAAACAACUGCUCCAGCGGUGCGGAGACGAUGUCCAAAGGUAGUGCUCUGGGACCGUCUGGCGAUGGAGGUGGUGCCAACUUCCUUUGCCUUACAGAUAAACCAGAAUUUGGCGACCCUCCUGCAAACCAGAAAGACGCAGCAGCACUACAAACAACAACUUACCAAUUUCCUAACGGUAAACACCUCAAGCUGUCAUGUUCUAACUGUCGACUGGCAUCAAGAGGUACAGUUCAAACAUUUGUUGGAAGAGCACAAUGUCCUGAAGACUGGGACUUCGUGUAUGAAGGCAUUUUAAUGAGCGGAUCGCGAAAUAGUAUCUCCACCAAUUUUGUCUGCCUGGACAAGAACCCUCAAGAAGGAGACGAGGUCGAAUCGCGAAACCCUCUUGUCCCUGACUGGGCAGUCAUACCAAAUAAAGAUGAUGAUGAGGAAGUUGAGGAAGAAAAACAACUCUUGUUUACAUGUGUUGUAUGUGCCAAAUGAAGUAUUUAAAUGAAUGUUCUCAUUUGGCUUGAUAUUAACUGUAAAAAUAUGCGAAAUUCUGAAAAUAGCGUUUAUGGUAAUUAAGAUACUAUAAGUUAUUAAUACUUCAUAUUAUGUUCCUGAAUAUUUUUUGUACUUAUUUAUAUUGUAUCGCUUCAUGUCCAUUACUGUAUAAAUAAAUUA